AACAUUUUUUUCAGUGGACUGGUAGACAUCCAGUGAAUUGGACACAGAUUCAAGAUCUAUAACGGAGCAUUGGGAGAGGUUACAAGGAGAGAACGAGAGAGAGGGAACGGGGAAAAAAUGGACUGGGUAUCAAAUUACAAUCCUUUUUCUCUGUCACUUCUCUGGCACGUAAAAGUGGGAGUCGGGAGGCAAGUUGUUUGAGAUCACGCACGUUCUUCGUAUAAAUCAAAUGAUUUGCAUUUUCCCCCCGUGGGCUUUGUGUUUUCAGAGUGUUUAAAAAAAACGUCUCAGUGACUUUGGAGAGAGAAUUGGGGAAUAAUCAAAUCCCAGUCUGCAGCCGGCGGAGUCUGGAAUGAGUUGAAACUGACGCGAUGGCAUUCGCUGCAAGUUGGGAAACUGACACAUUUUCUGGGACAAACAGAGGCAGGGAAAGAGGCCAAUAACCAAUCGGAAGAAGUUUCGAGUGGAAGGGGAUUAAUUCCCCGCUUUCAGAGAGGUGAAAAUUAAAGUUCGAAGAUAGGCAACGGGGUGCGCGUGUGUGGAGAGGGUGAAGAUUUCUUUCAACUUUGCAACUGGAAGUCUGGAAGAAUCAAGAUGUCUACCGGCUGGCAGUCUUUUGUUAAAGCGGCUACAGUCUCCCUGCUUUUACUCUGGACCUUCCUGGAGCUGAGCGGCACUAACCAAACGUUUCCCCACGACCGCUGCAAAAAAGUAUCGGACUGCGAGCCCCUGAGAUACAAUACAUGCAUGGGUUCGGUUCUACCUUACACCCACACAUCGCUCGCUCUGGCUGAAGACUCCAACACCCAAGAAGAGGCUCACAACAAUCUGGUCCUCUGGUCAGGAUUGAGGAAUGCUCCAGGCUGUUGGAGUGUGAUUCAACAGCUUUUGUGUGCUGUCUACAUGCCAAAAUGUGAAAAUGGGAAAGUGGAACUACCUGGUCAGAUUAUGUGUCAAAUCACCAGAAGCCCCUGUGCCAUUGUGGAGCGAGAGAGAGGCUGGCCUGACUUCCUGAAGUGUUCAAAUGAUCGAUUUCCUGAAGGAUGCCUGAAUGAAGUUCAGAACAUCAAAUUUAACAGCUCUGGUCGGUGUGAGUCCCCUCUGGUACGUACAGAGAAUCCCAAGAGUUGGUACGAGGAUGUGGAAGGAUGUGGAAUCCAGUGUCAGAACCCGCUCUUCACAGACAAUGAACAUGAUGCCAUGCACAUCUAUAUCGCUGUCUUUGGAUCCAUUGCCAUUCUGUGCACAUUCUUCACAUUGGCUACUUUUGUUGCUGACUGGAAGAACUCUAACCGUUACCCUGCUGUCAUCUUGUUUUACGUAAAUGCCUGUUUCUUCAUUGGGAGCAUUGGCUGGCUUGCACAAUUCAUGGAUGGAGCACGGAAAGAGAUUGUGUGCAAGGCAGAUGGGACCAUGCGACUUGGAGAGCCAACGUCCAAUGAAACACUCUCCUGUGUUAUAAUAUUCAUUAUAGUCUACUACUCUCUCAUGUCUGGGGUGAUCUGGUUUGUGAUGCUGACCUACGCUUGGCACAUGUCAUUCAAGGCCCUCGGCACCACCUAUCAGCCUCUUUCUGGAAAGACAUCCUACUUCCAUCUCGUCACUUGGUCAAUCCCAUUUAUAUUGACUGUCGCCAUAUUGGCUCUGGCACAGGUGGAUGGAGACUCGGUGAGUGGAAUCUGCUUUGUUGGAUAUAAGAAUUAUCACUUCCGGGCAGGGUUUGUCCUGGCUCCAAUUGGGCUUGUUCUGCUGGUUGGUGGCUAUUUCCUUAUAAGAGGUGUCAUGACUCUAUUUUCAAUUAAAAGUAACCAUCCUGGGCUCCUGAGUGAGAAAGCAGCCAGUAAAAUCAAUGAAACAAUGCUGCGUCUUGGCAUUUUUGGAUUCUUGGCAUUUGGCUUUGUCUUCAUCACAUUUGGAUGCCAUUUCUAUGAUUUCUUUAACCAGGCUGACUGGGAGAGGAGUUUCCGUGACUAUGUUCUGUGUGAAGCCAAUGUCUCUAUUGCUGAGCAAACCAACACUCCCAUUCCCGAAUGUAGCAUCAAGAAUCGCCCUAGCCUUCUAGUGGAAAAGAUAAACAUAUUUGCCAUGUUUGGGACUGGCAUUGCAAUGAGUACCUGGGUCUGGACCAAAGCUACCAUCUUAAUAUGGAAAAGGACAUGGUUUAGAAUUAUCGGCCGAAGUGAUGAUGAGCCAAAACGAAUUAAGAAGAGUAAAAUGAUUGCCAAAGCUUUUUCAAAACGAAAGGAGCUGUUGAAAAAUCCAGACAAGGAACUGUCGUUCAGUAUGCAGACAGUGUCUCACGAAGGACCAGUAGCUGGAAUCAACUUCGACCUGAAUGAACCAUCUGCUGACCUCUCAUCUGCCUGGGCUCAACAUGUAACAAAGAUGGUGGCCAGAAGGGGAGCCAUUUUACCUCAUGACAUUUCAGUCACUCCAGUAGGGACACCAGUGCCACCAGAUGAGAACAAGAGGAACCUUUGGAUCAUUGAAGCUGAGAUUCCCCCAGAACUACAGAAAAAAGCUGGGAAGAAGAAGAAAAAGAGAAAGAAAGGCAUUAGACCCCUUGGGCCUACGGAGGAGAUGCAUGACAUGGGCUAUUGCACAGAGAGAGCGUCGAGCACUGUUCCACACUUACCCAAGUUACCUAGGCAAAAAAACUUGGUGUCAAAAGCUAUGGAACCAACUGAUGUUCAGGAUAAUUUACCAGGCACUCUCCUGGAAUCCGGAAUCAACUCUGGAUCAAGCAAUGGGAGGUUUCUCAUUGGAGCAUUCAACAGCUCCUUGGGGUACAGGCUGAAUGCACCUCUGAAUUUGAUUGCAAACCCUCUUUCAAAUGACGAUGUCUUGGAGGAUCAGCUGGAACUUCCCCGAGGAGACCAACUCUGGCUCCCACAGAGAACAUGUAAAAACCCAUUCCCCUAUUCCUCAGCCAAUGUUGAAUUUGGAAGACUCCCUGUAAUUAAUAUCCCUCACAUGCCAAGAUCUGAAAACAGAAGGACUGCUAUUGCACCUGUACAUUCCAGAACAAAUCUAGUGGACACAGAAUUGAUGGAUGCUGACUCUGAUUUUUGAAUAUUGGCCUAGUAUUGGUAUUAAUAAGGCAUCAUCUACUUGAGAAGCAACAUAUCUGAUUCCAACUAGGAACUUUGGUAAAUAUCUGUUACAGACCACCUAAUUAAUGCAAGUGGUAUUUUACUAAAGUCUGAAUGUGCAUGGUUAGCAACUGAAAAUAAUUUUAAUGUUCAAAUGGGUUCACAGAAGUGCUUCUCUACUUAUUUAAGAGAUUACAGCAUUCCUUCACAUGAGGUUCAAUCUAUCGUGAAGAGGCCCUCCACUUUAAUGCUCAAGGUUGUAGAGUAUAUAAGUAAUGAAUUAUCAUAAUUGGCCAACUUGGUAAAGUUAUUGGAGCUUUUUUAGAGCUGAGGGAUAGUGAAUUAUUCUAAGGGACAGGAAUCAAAUAACUCCCAUGUCAUAACUUCUGCUGGGCCAGGAUUAUUCAUUGAGCUUUAUGCAUGUUGAUCACGCUUUGCCUUCAGUUAGUUACAGUAAACAAAUAGGCCAUCUGGUCCAUUCUGUGUUGGUCAACCAUAUCCUAGAGUUCUACUGAGUUCUGCCUCCUAAGAUUCUUAUCUGAUCGUACCAUUAAGUUACAGACUUGAUGUGUUUUAUUUUACAAAGACCUAAUUGUUCCCCAAUGUAAUAUUUUAACAUUAAGAAUAUUACACAAAAACAUUUUGAUCAGAUUGAGGAAAUAAUGUGAUCAAGUUUGACUUGGAAAACUCCGUAUUCUCUGAAUGGAAGGGAAAUGUUAGUCAUGACAAACUGAAAGUGUCAAUAGCAUCAAGAUAUACCAAACCUGCCUCAGAGAAGAGAUCAGUAAUGUUUAUGUGGUCCAAGAUAUUUGGGCAUGAGUUGUGCCCAAGCUAAAUGAAGAAAUAUGGUGCCAUCUAAUCUUUUGUCUGGAUACUGGGGGUAUGCACUGUCCAUCUUCUCAUUCUUAACAUUCUGCAAACUACAGACAUCAAAACCUCUAGUGUCCAGAAUCCAUCCCAGACCAAAUCCCCAAUAGUCUUGUGCUUACUUAUAUUGGCUUCUGAUGAUCCCAACACUUCAAAUUUAUAAUCCUCAACUUUGUGCUGAACUCACUUGAUGGCAUCAUCCCACUGUAUCUCUGUAAGCACCUUCCUCCCUAUAACCUUCCUUUAUUACCUCUGCGCCCCCCUCUGCUUCUCACUUGUCUUUCCAUCCUUAAAAAUUGCUCUUUGACCAGUUUUUAGUCACCUUUCCUAAUCAGAUAAGGGAUAGCAGAUUUAAAAGUGAUGAGGAAAAAUUAUUUCUCUUAAAGAGUCAUGAAUAUGUGGAAUUCACUAUCCCAGAGUGUAGUGGAUGCCAGGACAUUCAGUAAAUUUAAGGAGGAGAUAGACAGAUUUUUAAUUACUAAGGAGUUAAAACGUUAUGAAAAGUGGACAGAAAAGUGGAGUUGAGACAGAGGAGAUCAACCAUCAUCAUAUUAAAUGGCGGAGUAGGCUCAAGGAUUGGAAUUAGGCCAAAGUGAAGACUGCAGAUGCUGGAGAGUAGAGUCGAGAGUGUGGUGCUGGAAAAGCACAGCAGGGUAGGCAGCA